AUGGAAGAACCGCAAGCGGCGCUUGAGGUGCCUCAAUUCACAUUUAAGAAGCGCAGUGUCAAAUCUAAGUCGACUAUUCGCAAAAGAGAAGCCACCCCUCCAGCGGACGAUUCCGACUCCGGCUUCACAUCGUCAGAAGAUGAAUAUGGAAGACAAAUAAAACGCAGGCGGAGGAACGCCGGGAUGAUAGCAUCUUCUUCUGAUAUUCCUAGACACCGUGCUGCGGAAGUCGAGCAGACUACUGCCGCUGCUGUUGUGGCACCCACAAAUAAAGACGACGCUACCAAAAGAUCAGACUGGUAUGACGAAGAUGUCGACAAGAGAUCAGAGAAACCUACGAUCAAGUCAUCAGACCCAUUGACUUCGGACGGUACAUACAAGGGGGUGGCAAACUAUCAGUCGUUCAUUCAAAAGAAUCCAGAUCGUGCUGGAAAGCAAGUCGGGCCGGUCAAAACCUCAAGUAAUGUAAGAACGAUCACUGUCACGGACUUUGCGCCAGACGUGUGCAAGGACUACAAGCAAACCGGCUUUUGCGGAUUUGGGGAUAACUGCAAGUAUCUUCAUGCGCGCGAGGAUUACAAACAAGGAUGGCAGCUUGACCGAGAGUGGGAAAUCGGCACGAAAGGGAAGAAAUUGUCGGGGAAGACUGUGGCAUCUGCGAAUCGCAACAAUCAACCAGGCCAAGAUGAUGAUGACGACGAGGCGCUACUUGAAAAGAUACCAUUUGCCUGCAUCAUCUGCAAAAAGCCAUACACGAAUCCAAUCGUGACCAAAUGUGGGCAUUACUUCUGCGAAGCAUGUGCUCUGAAGCGAUAUCGAAAAGAUCCGUCCUGUGCUGCAUGUGGUUCAGGUACCAAUGGGGUUUUUAACGUGGCCAAAAAAUUGACUCGACUGCUUGAGAGAAAACGGGAGCGGGAGAAUCUAAAGAAAGAGAAAGCCAUUGAAGCCGGUGAUGCGGUUGGAGAUGGUGUAUGA